GCUGGUAUCUUCACCAUGAGAAACGGGCAUCUAAGUUUGCUGCCGGGACUCUUGACACAGCUGCUGUUGCCACUGGGAGCUGCUGCCCAGAAGACUAGUGACUGUGCACGGUGGUGCCCUCUGAACUCCAGAUGUGUCAACGCCACGGCCUGUCGCUGCUCUCCGGGGUUCACUUCUUUAUCCGGGGACGUCUUCACCAACCGCUUGGAGAAUUGUGAUGACAUCGAUGAGUGUGGGCCACCCUUGCCAGUGUCCUGUGGAAAAUUUGCAGACUGCCAGAACACAGAGGGGAGCUUCUAUUGCAAAUGCAGGCCCGGAUACCUGCUUGCUUCUGGGGCAAAAGCAUUCAGGAAUGAGAGUGAGAACACGUGUCAAGAUGUGGACAAAUGUCAGCGGAAACCCAGACUCUGUAAAGGCCGCAGCAUCUGCAUCAACACCCAGGGCAACUACACCUGCAGGUGCCCACCCGGCUUGGAGCUCAACCUGAGCGACCCGAACACGUGCUCAGAUGUGAAUGAAUGUACCUCGGGGCAAAACCCGUGCCACAACACCACCCACUGCCUCAACAACAUUGGGAGCUAUGAGUGCCGCUGCCUCCCUGGCUGGAAGCCCAUUCCUGGGUCCCCCAAUGGCCCAAACAACACCGUCUGUGAAGAUGUGGACGAGUGCAGCUUCCGGCCGCCUGUGUGCCACAACUCCACCGUCUGCGUCAACACCGUGGGCUCAUACAGGUGCCGCUGCCGCCGUGGCUGGGAGCUCAAACCCAGAUUCCAGAAUAAGCAAAUGAACACCACCUGUCAAGAGAUGUCCUUCCCUGCCUGGACCGAACCCCCUGGAAUCAAGAGCCAGGGACUCUCCAACUUCUUUAAAAAAGUCCAAGUUCUGCGCAGAGACUUCAAGCCGGCCUUGGCUCAGGGCACCAUCCAGGACCUCAUAAAGGGGGUGGAUGAGUUGUUGCAGACCCCGGAAGACCUGGGGGCGCUGCCCCGCUCAGAGCAGCGCCGUGUGGCCGCGAACCUGCUCGCUGGCCUGGAGGACGUCCUGAGAAACAUAAGCCAGGCCCUGCCCAAUGGGACAUUGACCUUCAGUGCAUCUGCAGGCACAGACCUGUCCCUGAAGGUGCAAGAACAAGGAGACAGAAAUGUCACCUUGAGUCUGAACCAGGCAAAGAUGCUGCUGAGCUUGGAUGAGGUGCAUGAAUCUAGUGACUCAGGUCCUUCGGUGGUGGGCCUCAUCUCCACUCCAGGGAUGGCCAAGUUACUGGCCGAGGCGCCCCUGAUCCUGGACCCUAAGCAGCAGGCAGUUCUGCGUGAACACAAGGAAUUGCUGGGAGAGGUCUCCCCUGUCCUGCUCUCAGAUGUCGUCUCUGCCUUUGUGAGCAACAAGGACACCCAGAACCUCGGCUCCCCCGUCACCUUCAUCUUCUCCCACCGCUUGGUGACGCCCGGGCCAACGCAGAAGGUGUUCUGUGUCUUCUGGGAGCACAGUCAGGAUGGAGGCGGUCAUUGGUCCACCAUGGGCUGCAGGAUGGUGGCCACCGGAGAUGCCAACACCACCUGCCAGUGCUCCCACCUCAGCAGCUUUGCCAUCCUCAUGGCCCACAGCCACGUGCAGGAGGAGGAUCCCGUGCUGGUUUUCAUCACCUACGUGGGGCUGGGCCUCUCUCUGCUGUGCCUCCUCCUGGCAGCCCUCACCUUCCUCCUGUGCAAAGCCAUCCAGAACACCAGCACCUCGCUCCACCUGCAGCUCUCGAUCUGCCUCUUCCUGGCCCACCUGCUCUUCCUCACGGCCAUCGACCAGACCAAGAUCAAGCUGCUGUGCGCCAUCAUCGCGGGGGCCUUACACUAUCUCUACCUGGCCUCCUUCACCUGGAUGCUGUUGGACGGUCUACACCUCUUCCUCACGGCACGCAACCUGAUGGUGGUCAACUACUCCAGUGUGAGCAGGUUCAUGAAGAGACUCCUGUUCCCUGUGGGCUAUGGAGUCCCGGCUCUAAUCGUGGCCAUUUCUGCUGCAUCCAGACCUUCCCUUUAUGGAACACCCACCAGCUGCUGGCUCCAUCCAGAAAAGAUGUUUAUAUGGAGCUUCCUGGGACCAGUCUGUGUCAUUAUCUCUGUCAAUUUAGUGUUGUUUUUCAUGACCCUCUGGAUUUUGCAAAGCAAGCUGUCUUCCCUCAACAGCGACGUAUCCACCCUCCAGAACACAAGGAUGCUGACAUUUAAAGCGAUGGCUCAGCUCCUCAUUCUGGGCUGCACGUGGUGUCUGGGCCUCCUGCAGGUGGGGCCAGCUGCCCACGUCAUGGCUUACCUCUUCACCAUCAUCAACAGCCUGCAGGGAAUGUUCAUCUUCCUGGUGUACUGCCUCCUCAGCCAGCAGGUCCGGGAGCAGUACAGGAAAUGGUUUAGAAGGGCCAGGAAAGCCAAAGCCGAGUCUGAGAAGUACACACUGUCCAGCAGGGCCGUGUCUGAUGCCUCCACCCCCAACACGAUUCUACUCACAUGCCCUUCUCUCUCUAUGAGAGAGAGACAGAGCGCGAGCAGAGGAGGGACAGAGAGAGAGGGAGACACAGAAUUGGAAGCAGGCUCCAGGCUCUGCAACAUCAGCACAGAGCCUGACGCGGGGCUCGAACUUGUGAACCGUGAGAUCAUGACCUGAGCUGAAGUCAUUCGCCUAACCAACUGAGCCACCCAGGUGCCCCUUCACUGUGCCUCUUUGGAACAAAGGCUUUGCAUAUAUUUCCUCUCCUUGAAACACUCUUUUGUUUUCCUUGACACAAAACUAUGGAAGCCCUGAGAUCUUAGCUCAUGUGUCUAUUCCUCUGAGAAGCCUUCUCUUCUCACUCAGAUUAGGUCAGAUUUUCUUGUUUUCCACUCUCAUAGCCCCUAGGCUUUUCCUGCCGACCAUUUGUCAGAGUCAUUUUACUCUUGGUGUUUGCUCUUUGGUUAGUGUCUGUCCUCCCUCUAGA